AUGAUUUAUGCGGUUUUCAACAAGCUAUGGGGUAGGAAAUGUAGAAUCACCAUACAAAAGUUGGAUGAAUCCAGUUAUCUUUUUCACAUUCCUGAUGAAGCUUCGAGGAAUUGGGUACUUUCAAGAGGUAUUUGGCACAUUGACGACUGCCUAAUGUUUUUUGCUCCACGGACACCAGAAGCAACCCUAGCUAUUCCUGAGAUCAAGACUAUUCCUAUUUGGGUAACUUUUAAAAAGAUACCUCACAUUGUUUACUCAAUUCCGGGAAUUAGUCACAUAGCUUCCGGGUUAGGAGCUCCAAUGGCGACUCAUAAACCUCACUUGGAUCCCAUACAUAUGGGAGAAGCAAAAAUCCUAGUUGAAGUAGAGUUGAGUAAAGCUUUUCCUCAAAGGAUUGCAGCAAGCGACGAUAUGGGUUUCAUUUCUAUGGUGGAUGUCGAAUAUGCGUGGUUGCCCACUGUUUGUACUAGAUGCGGACAAUUAGGACACAAGGUGAAGCGUUGUCUACAAUCUGAUAAAGAUGAAGCGAAGAACACUGAUUCUGCUGUUGAGGAGGUCCAAGUACCAUCUGAAUCUGCUGUUGAGGAGGCCCAAGCUCCAUCAGAUUCAGUCGUCAUCAACAAGACAUCUACUAAUACUCUGGAACAACCAAAUGCGCUGUCAUAUGCUGAAAAAUCUGUGGUUGCUAUGUCACAUAUUCCAUCAGAUAUGGAGGUAUCUCCUCCUAAUAUUCUCCUUGUUAUGCAUAAUGCAUCAACGUCGGUUGAUCCAGUCACUGAAAAUGAGGAUGAUUUGUUAUCUUUAGCUACUUUAUCUAUUCUUGAGAACAUGUGCAUGCCUCCUUCGUCUGUUUGCAUCAACGAGACUGAGGAGUCUCCGUCUGAUCCUUCCCAUGAGUCAUCAAUUGAUGCAAUUCCCAGCGUUGAAGUAAACGCUCCAACAGUCACUCAGUUACAAAUAGGAAAAGAUGAAACAAUUGAGGUAGACCUUGGCUCUAACAUAUUUGCUUCAUUAAUAUCUUUCGAGGAAGAAGAAGAUUUCAUAGAUUCAGAUAAGGAGACGGGACCCAUGGAUCUUAUGACACCUUCGGGGAAAAGGAUCCUUCGGGAGAGACCAGUUAAACCUUCCACAAAAGCAAAGGAGAUGCAUUGGCAUCCCACUAGCCGUGGACGAGGAAAUCGGGGUCGUGGACGACGCGGUGGACACGGUUAG